UUCUCUGGGCUUGCCUAAGCGCCGACGAUGAGGCCAUGGUUCCCUUUGGGCUCCCUACCGCCUUUCCUGCUCCUCGGCUUACUCUCCUUCCCGCUGGGCCACUUCUGCCCGGCCGUCUGUAGCUGCCUGGACUACCACACCGUCGACUGCCGCGACCAAGGGCUGCCCAGCGUGCCCAACCCCUUCCCCCUGGACGUGCGCAAGCUCCUCAUCGCCGACAACCACAUCCAAGCCAUCCCGGCCGACUUCUUCAUCUUCUACGGCGACCUGGUCUACUUGGACUUCAGCCACAACUCCAUCGUCAGCCUGGAGGAAGGCACCUUCAGCAGCUCCGGCAAGCUGGUCUUCCUCGACUUGAGCUACAACAACCUGACCCAGCUGACCGCCGGCGUCUUCAAGUCCGCUGCCCGGCUGAUCAAGCUUAGCCUGGGCAACAACCGCCUGGCCGAGGUGGACGAGGCCGCCUUCGAGAGCCUGGAGCAGCUCCAGGUGCUGGAGCUGAACGACAACAGCCUGCAGACGCUGACCGUGGCCGCCCUGGAUGCCCUGCCCAACCUGCGCAGCCUCCGCCUGGAGGGCAACCCCUGGCUGUGCGACUGCGACUUUGCCAGCCUCUUCAGCUGGCUCCAGGAGAACCAGUCCAAGCUGCAGAAAGGCCUCAAUGAAAUCCAGUGUUCAGUCCCUAUGGAGGACAGAAAAAUAUUUCUCAGUGAAUUGUCAGAGGGCAGCUUUAGGGAUUGCAAAUUUAACUUGUCCCUCACAGACCUUAUUAUCAUCAUCUUUUCCGGUGUUGCUGUCUCCAUCGCUGCAAUAGUCUCAAGCUUCAUUCUGGCGCUGAUUGUCAACUGUUUCCAUAGAUGUGCCCCGAGUAAGGAUGAUGAUGAAGACGAAGACAGUGAAGAUUGAACCACCUCUGACUGGUGAAUUUUUGCUGGGAGAAUUCCUGAGGUUCAAAACCUAGCAAUGGCUCUUGAAGAAGCCGUUGCGACUCAGCUCUUAUCUAAGGGCUGUAUGCAUCUUCCACAGGUUCGGAUGGGAUUGAUCCACGAAUGUUCGUGGGAAAUGUAGCAAGGUUUAUGAAGAGGCUGAACUUUUCACAAUUUCGUCUCCUGAUCCAGCCUGCUGGCUGAAAUGAAG